GACAGGCAUGACGGGGGCCUGCAGUAUACUGGCGGUGCCUUGAGAACUUCAAAUGGACGAGAAAAAAUUUCUGUGUGAAAUCUUCGUUGUGAAGAAGACUCAGUAUUGAGACCUUUACUGUCUCAGGUGCCAGUUCAAAGUGAAACUGAAGAUUUUCCAUACAGGGCAGUCGUUUAAAAACACUAAAAGAUCAACAUGGUGGUGAAACUCCUAUUCAAAUUCUUUUGCUGAAAUACGUGGACAAUUCCGUUAAAAGGAGUGCCUUCUGGACUUAGUAGAAAUAAGGGUGUAAAAGUGGUCACUUACUGGACUCAAUCAGCAUCAUGCCACCCAAGAAGAAAGGUGGGAAGAAGAAAGGCAAGAAAAGCGGCAAGAAGAGUGGCAAGAAAUCGGCGAGGGCAUCCUCCGCCCCUUCCGGGGCCAACCUGACGGAGGUCAGCAAAGAAUUCUUCCUGAUCCAGAUACGAGACUUGGAGCAGAGACUUCUGAGAUACCAGCGCAAAUGCGAUGAGCUAGAGGUUGCCAACGGAGAAUUCCGGGCUCAGUAUGACCAGAUGAGCACCGACAAAAAAGAAAUUGUUUCCUUCCUCAAGAAGCAGCUGGAGCAGCGGCAGAAUGACAUCGCCGACCUGAACGACCGGCUGGUCGGGCUCCAACAGGCCAAGGACGCCGAGAAAGAUGCCUACGAGCAGCAGCUGGCCCAACUCAGGACGGAAUUUCAGGAGACGAAGGAUCAGCUGACAUCAGAAAACAUGAUCCUGAGCGGUAAGCUGGCGUCACUGGAAGAGUUCAAAGUGCAGAAGGAAGACCUGAUGGCUAAGUUUGCCCAAAUGGAGCAGGAGUUAGAGAACCAACAGCAGGAGCAUAAGGAACAGAUCUACCAGUUAGAGAGGAAACAGGUGGUGGACAAAGACAGGCUAAAACGAGAGAUGGUGCUGCGCGUCAAUCAGGUGGCAGCUGAGUUCCGCAAGGUCUCCAACAAGCAGAUGGCAGACACCACCAAGCGCACCAUCCGGGAGAACGUCAGCAUCCAUGCCCAGCUGGCCAAGAUGUCGGACAAGACCAUGGAACUGAUCCAGGAGAACGAAGACAUCCAGGCCCGGGAGAAGAAGCAACGGCAGCAGCUGGACAUGCUGGAGACCAACGAGAAGGAGCUGGCCAAAAAGAAUCACAGCAACCAAAAGGUUAUCCGGAUGCUGACUGAGAAGGCUAAGCAACAGGAGGGCCUGAUAAUUGACCUGGAGGAGCGGGAGAAGGAGCUGCUGGAGGUGGAGUCUGAGGCUAACCUCCUGCGCCAGCAGACUGAGUCCUCACGGGAGGAACUGCAGGCCAUGGGCAAAGAGAUGGAGUUGCUGGAAGACCGCAUUGAGCUGAUGGAGAAAGAGAAGAAGGAGAUCCUGAAGAACAAAGAGCGGCUGGAGAGGAUACUAGCUGAGGCUGCCUACUCCAUGCAUAGGAUACUCACAUCAAGGCCCGAUGAUGGAGAUGCCGAUGAGACGGUUGACGAAGAAGGAAUUGAAAAACGGGACAGCAUGUUGGAGAAUCUCCUGGUCAUUCUGAACAGUGCCGCGGCAAUCGGUGUUGGCCCUUCACCAGCAAGCUUCCUGAAGGAUGAUGACAUUACGUAUCGCACGAAGAGCAGGCAAUCCACAAUUCCCGGCUCUGGGAAAGGGUUCAAAUCUAGGUAUUCCAUCCUCUCUCCCAUCGUCAAGGGCCAAGGUUCCCUUCCUCACUACAAGCUGGGUGACCUUGGUCUGGUACCCAGACCCAAAGUGACCUCGUUUCCAUCUGACAAGAUCAGGCAGUUGUCAGCCACCAGCCGGCUGAACAGACUACAGGGAAUCAAGACACGAUCCGUGGGAAUACAGUCGUCCAGUGGUCCACAAACGCUCUUCUACUCAGAUCAGCUCCUCGGCGGGGGAACAAGUGCCGCUGCCUCUGCCAUCCUCAAUGAGUUAGCCAUCAAGGAUCGACAGCGGCUAGGCCCAGUCAGAGUGACAGCAAAAACAUCCAAUUCUCUUAGUUAAUAACCUCAAUUGUACAUAAAGUUAGUUCUCUUUCCAAGGCAUCUGGGUGCCUUAAAGCCUGAUUAUUGGCUUGUCCCUGUCCCUUUUCGGUCAGAGCCUGUCACACGUGGAUGCCGUAAACUUUUGUUGAAUCCCUUUCCACUUUUUGAACAGUUACAGACAGUCAAACUUCCAGCCUUUCACCCUGAUUGAUAUCAACAUAAACAUAUUUGCUGAAGUAAGAUGGGGGAGGGGGAAUUUCAUUAUUUUUAAAACCUUCUGUGGUGUAAAUGUAAAUGUUGCCCCCAACUCGUGAAAAAACAAGUGUCACUUUUAUUUACAGCAAUACUCUUUUUCAAGUUCAUUUUGACUGAAGAACUUAAUUUUAGAUGGACAUUGUUUGAAGCUGCUAAUAUACAGAGGCAUUGUGUGGCCCAUUUUACGCUGAUUGCUCAAUGUUUGAAUUUUCUUUAAGACUUUUAUACAGUGAUAUAUGUAAUACUGUACAUAAUGUACAUCUGCUGCAUUGUAGAUUGAGAUGAUAAGCUGUACAGUGUGUUUAUUAAAUCAACCUCCUCGCCACUCUGGACUGUUUUGUAUUUGUAGUCAGCUUUAGUAAAUCUGAGCAUUGUUGACUUUGGCUUAUUUCAUUUCUUGGAAACUAAUUACUUUCGGAAAUACAUGUACCUUAAAGGGCUAACUAUUGAAGGACACAAAGUGUAAAUUUGCAUCAGCAGGAAAGUAUUUUGGACAUGGAGGAUGCUGAAGCUUCCUCGGUCCAUUGCAAUAUUCUGAUUUCUCUCACUAAACAGUGAACACUUGGAAAUCAAAUUUAAAAGACGUGGUGAAGUCAUUCCAGAAAGUCAGAGGCUUUUCUUAACCAAUUCACAUAGUUGUUACUUAUCGAAUCCAAUUAGAAGUGCUCAAAAGGGGGAGUUGCCCCAAAUAGGUUUUUUUUUGCUUAGCCUUCCAACUUUAUUUCAAGCUUGGAGAACCAGUGCCUAGCUUUAUCAGAUCGUGAUGUGCAGUGCAGUCAUCUCCUGACGGAGAGAACUCUGUUAUAACAAAGAAGUGUUACAAAGAGUAAAUUCUGAAGAUCCAAAUUUCUUGAUUUCUUGUGUUUUCAUUCUUUUUCACUCUUUUUAUAACCAAGUCCUGGUUUUAACAAGUAAUGUUUCUAGUCCCUGUAUUUAUAACACGAGUUGACUGUAUUAAUAGAUGUUGAGAUGAAAUUUGUAAUGAUUUUAUUCUAUUUAAUUUUAUUUGUACAGUACUUUUUUUCAUAACACUAGAUACCUUAGCUCCCGGAUGUGAUAGUACAUGCAUCAGCUUGAUUUGUGUCAACAGUUUUGUGCAAAAAUCCAGAAAACAAAGCACAUCCUUGCGAAGCUGUCCAUAAGCAAAAUUGUAUACAGUUUAAAUAAUUAUAAAAGGGUGCUUUUACAUGUCACUUCCACUUAUGGAUAAUAGUUUCAGCAGGGUAUCCAUCAAAAGAGCCUUGAAUGUAUUGUUUUAUUAUCCAUUAAAAUUAAGAGUUGUUUCUUAAA